CGUGUGUGUGGGGUGUUUUUUUCUCCCCUCUGCCCGGUUUGGGAUUUGCUGGUCAGUGACAUGCCUCCCUCCGCCUGGCUCCUUAUAGCUCCGGGGCUGCAGGAAUCCCGGACGAGUGGUACGGACAUCGCCGACGGAGACCGCAAACACGGCGCGGAGCGUUCCCCUUUAAACACGGUCUUAUGACUACAGAGUGCUUCAGUGAGACACGACCGGAGGACCGGACCAGAGGCACGUACAGACAGCCGGGGACAGCAGAGGACAGAUUCAGUGACAAGAAGCAGCUGACGGGGACAGGUAGACAGGACACAGCGCCCUGCAGAGGCUGGAUGGUUCCGGUGCCUGUCCGAGAGAACAGCUGGAGUCAAACGGAUUCUACCUCACCUGUGCGCAGGACUUUUUUGUUUUUUUGGGGGCCACCCUGUUGCACCCUGUGGACACUUCCCCUCCUGCAGCACUGAGGACAUGCGUCGCCUGCCAGUGGCUUCACUCUUCAUUUGCUUCUGGUUGGUGGAGAGGAGCCACUGUAACGGUAGCCUUCAGGACAGCAUGGGAGAGCUGCACAACAGGUUCGCCGUCAGCCUCUACCAGACGCUCACUGAGACAGAGAACAGCUCCAACCUGAUCGUGUCACCGGUGAGCGUGUCCUUGUCUCUGGGGCUGCUGCAGCUCGGUGCCAGGGGCAACACGCUGGCUCAGCUGGAGGGAACACUCGGAUACAAUGUGAACGAUGCCCAGGUUCAAGACUUCCUGUUGCAUUCACAGAGUGACAUAAGCAACACCAGCCAGGGCGUGUGGCUGCAGCAGACCUGCACAUUAUUCAUACAGAACGGCGUCCAGCUCCUGACCAAGUUCACGCAACAUGCGGCAGUGUGGGCCAACACCAGCGUUGUCCGAGCCAACUUCAGCCAACCCAACCACACUCGUGGCCAGCUGGAGCGCGCCAGGAACGCACACGAUGAGACGUGGCACAUUCAGGCAGGAAGCAGCAGCGGGGAGCUUUCGGGCUCAGGCGAGGUCCAGGCGGAGGCCCUGUGGUGGGGCCACAGGCUGCAGAUGGCCUUGGUCAACACGGUGGCCUUCAGGGGCGUCUGGCAGAAACAGUUCCUGUUCACCAACACCCAGAACCUGCCCUUCAUCCUCUCUGAUGGGACUGCCAUCAAGGUGCCCAUGAUGUAUCAGGCUACAGAGGUCAGCUUUGGUCAGUUCAGGACAGCAUCAGAUCAGCGUUACACUGUGUUGGAGCUGCCGUAUCUGGGCCGCUCCCUCAGCCUGCAGGUGGUCCUACCCAGCGAGAGGAAGACGCCGCUGUCCUGCCUCGAGUCCCAGCUCACCGCUCGUCAGCUGGCCUCCUGGGAAACCGGCCUGCGCAGAACCAAAAUGGACAUUUUCCUACCCAGGUUCAAAAUGCAGAACAAGUUCAACCUAAGGUCAGUGCUUCCCGCCAUGGGCAUCAGUGACGCCUUUAAUCCGACAGCAGCUGACUUCACUGGAAUAUCAGUGGAGGAGAGUCUUUAUAUGUCUGAUGCCUUCCAUGAAGUGAGAAUAGAGGUCACAGAAGAUGGGACCAAGGCAGCUGCUGCUACAGCUAUGGUGCUACUCAAACGUUCCCGUGCUCCUGUUUUCAAGGCGGACCGGCCGUUCAUAUUUCUGUUACGACAGAUUAACACAGGAUCCAUCUUGUUCAUGGGCCGAGUGAUGAACCCAGCAGACCAAGCACCCUAAGACUCACCUACCCAAACACCACCCACAUACAUACACGCCCAUACACUCCUACCCCGACCCCCUAUCUCACUACUGGUAUUUAUUUGUGGACCAACAGGAGGAUCCACGGACACUUCGGGAAGAGGGACAAUA